CUGACUGCGGCACCGUUCGAGCCUCGGUCGCGUCGUGCAGGUGCUGCCCAGCCCGGCCCCUCCGCAGCCCGCCGCAGCAGGCGCCCCCGACCGUGCCCCGGGGCCUCGCACGCCGAGCCCAGGCCGCGGGCCGUAGCGGCCGGCGAUGAGCGCGAGGAGCCGAAAUGAGCGCAGACAGCAGCCCGCUCAUGGGCAGCACGCCCCCCAGCUAUGGGACCCUGAUGACAGGGACAUCAAUCGAUCCCCUCAGCUCCUCAGUUUCAUCCGUGAGGCUCAGCGGCUACUGUGGCAGUCCAUGGAGGGCCAUCGGCUAUCACGCCGCGGUCUGGAUGCUGGCCGGGAUCCCUUGGCUGCUAUUCCGCUGGAAGCCCUUGUGGGGCGUGCGCCUGCGCCUGAGGCCAUGCAGCCUGGCCCGCGCCGAAACACUCGUUAUAGAAAUAAGAGACAAAGAGGGUAGUUCCAGGCAGCUCUUCACAGUCCAGGUGCAGACUGAGGCUGUUGGCGAGGGCAGCCUGGAGCUGCCCCGACAGGCCCAGGCAGAGGAUGGCCGGAGUCAGGCAGCUGUGGGAGUGGUCCCAGAGGACUCAUGGGAGGACACCACCCAGCUCCAGAAAGAGACAAAACAGGUGCUGCGCUAUUACCUCCUCCAAGGCCAACGCUAUGUCUGGAUGGAGACCCAGCAAGCCUUCUGCCAAGUCAGCCUGCUGGACCAUGGCCGUACCUGUGAUGACAUCCACUGCUCCCGCUCCGGCCUCAGCCUCCAGGACCAAGCUGUGAGGAAGACCAUUUACGGCCCCAAUGUGAUCGGUAUUCCCGUCAAGUCCUACCUGCAGCUGCUGGCGGAUGAGGCACUGAACCCCUACUACGGAUUCCAAGCCUUCAGCAUCGCGCUGUGGCUGGCCGACCGCUACUACUGGUAUGCCCUUUGUAUCUUUCUCAUCUCGGCCAUCUCCAUCUGCCUGGCUCUCUACAAGACCAGAAAGCAAAGCGUGACUCUGAGGGACAUGGUCAAGCUGUCUGUGCGGGUGCAGGUGUGCCGGCCUGGAGGAGAGGAGGAGUGGGUGGACUCCAGCGAGCUGGUGCCCGGAGAUUGCCUGGUGCUGCCCCAGGAGGGUGGGGUGAUGCCAUGCGAUGCUGCCCUGGUGGCUGGCGAGUGUGUGGUCAACGAGAGCUCCUUGACAGGGGAAAGCACCCCAGUGCUGAAGACAGCCCUGCCAGAGGGGCCCAAGCCCUACUGCUCAGAGACCCAUCGGCGGCACACACUCUUCUGUGGGACCCUCAUUCUGCAGGCCCGGGCCUACCUGGGACCCCGGGUCCUAGCAGUGGUGACCCGGACAGGGUUCUGCACCGCCAAAGGCGGCUUGGUGAGCUCCAUCCUGCACCCGAGGCCCAUCAGCUUCAAGUUCUACAAACACAGCAUGAAGUUUGUGGCAGCGCUGUCCGUCCUGGCCCUGCUUGGCACAGUCUACAGCAUCUUCGUUCUCUACCGAAACCGGGUGCCUGUGAACGAGAUCGUGAUCCGAGCUCUGGACUUGGUGACGGUGGUGGUACCACCUGCCCUGCCAGCUGCCAUGACCGUGUGCACGCUCUAUGCCCAGAGUCGGCUGCGCACGCAGGGCAUCUUCUGCAUCCACCCACUGCGCAUCAACUUGGGGGGCAAGCUGCGGCUCGUGUGCUUCGACAAGACAGGCACCCUCACGGAGGACGGCUUGGACAUAAUGGGGGUGGUGCCCCUAAAGGGACAGAUGUUGCUACCACUGGUCACAGAGCCCCGCCACUUGCCCCUGGGGCCCCUUCUCCGAGCACUGGCCACCUGCCACGCCCUCAGCCAGCUACGUGACACCCCAGUGGGCGACCCUAUGGAUCUCAAGAUGGUGGAGUCUACAGGCUGGGUCCUGGAGGAGGGUCCAGCUGCAGACUCAGCACCUGGGACCCAGGUCGUGGCGGUAAUGAGACCCCCACCCAGGGGGCCCCAGCAACAGGGAACGGAAGAGCCACCGGAGCCAGUCAGCGUCCUACGCCGCUUCCCUUUCUCCUCCGCCCUGCAGCGUAUGGACGUGGUAGUGGCAUGGCCAGGGGCCACCCAGCCUGAGGCCUACAUCAAAGGCUCCCCAGAGCUCGUGGCCAGCCUCUGCAGCCCUGAGACAGUACCCGGCGACUUUACCCAGGUGCUGCAGAGCUACACAGCCGCUGGCUACCGAGUUGUGGCCCUGGCUGGCAAGCCGCUGCCCAUCGCACCCAGCCUGGAGGCCGCUCAGCAGCUGACCAGGGACACUGUGGAGCAGGAGCUGAGCCUCCUGGGGCUGCUGGUCAUGCGGAACCUGCUGAAGCCACAGACGACCCCAGUUAUCCAGACUCUGAGGAAGACGGGCAUCCGCACCAUUAUGGUGACAGGGGACAACCUGCAGACAGCAGUCACUGUGGCCCGAGGCUGUGGCAUGGUGGGCACACAGGAGCACCUGGUUAUCAUCCAUGCCACCCACCCUGAGCAGGGCCAGCCUGCCUCCCUUGAGUUCCUGCUACCCGAGUCCUCUGCAGCCACGAACAGGGCUAAGGACCCUGUCCAGGCCACAGGCUAUCCCAUGGAGCUGGAACCCCGGUCCCGUCACUUGGCCCUCAGCGGGCCCACGUUUGCUGUCCUUCAGAAGCACUUCCCCAGGCUGCUGCCCAAGGUCCUGGUGCAGGCCACCGUCUUUGCACGCAUGGCCCCGGAGCAGAAGACGGAGCUAGUGUGCGAGCUGCAGAAGCUUCAGUACUGUGUAGGCAUGUGUGGGGACGGAGCCAAUGACUGUGGAGCCCUGAAGGCAGCUGACGUGGGCAUCUCGCUAUCCCAGGCAGAGGCUUCAGUGGUCUCUCCCUUCACCUCCAGCAUGGCCAGUAUUGAGUGUGUGCCCACUGUCAUCAGGGAGGGCCGCUGUUCUCUGGACACUUCAUUCAGCGUCUUCAAGUACAUGGCCCUCUACAGCCUGACCCAGUUCAUCUCAGUCCUGAUUCUCUAUACAAUCAACACCAACCUAGGAGACCUACAGUUCCUGGCCAUCGACCUUGUCAUCACCACCACCAUUGCUGUACUCAUGAGCCGCACGGGCCCGGCACAGACGUUAGUGCGAGCGCGGCCACCGGGGGCGCUGCUGAGCGUGCCUGUCCUUGGCAGUUUGCUGUUGCAGGUGGCCCUGGUGGCUGGCAUCCAGCUGGGGGGCUACUUUUUGGUCAUAGCCCAGCCCUGGUUUGUGCCUCUGAACAGAACAAUGCCCGCACCCGACAACCUGCCCAACUACGAGAACACAGUGGUCUUCUCUUUAUCUAGCUUCCAGUACCUCAUCCUGGCUGCAGCCGUGUCUAAGGGGGCACCCUUCCGCCAGCCGCUCUACACCAACGUGCCCUUCCUGGUGGCCCUGGCGCUCUUGGGCUCUGUCCUGGUGGGCCUCAUCCUGGUCCCCGGCCUCCUGCAGGGGCCACUAGGACUGAGGAACAUUGCGGACAGCUCCUUCAAGUUGCUGCUGCUGGGCCUGGUCGCCUUCAACUUGGUGGGCGCCUUCAUGCUGGAGAGUGUGCUGGACCAGUGCCUCCCGCCUUGCCUGCGGUGGUUCCGGCCUAAACGGGCCUCCAAGAAGCAAUUCAAGCGGCUGGUACGGGAGCUUGCUGAACAGCCCUGGCCCACACUGCCCAUCAGCUCUGUGAGGUAGUGUAGGCCUGAAGGGCAUGCUGGACACUGGAUCCCCCUGCCCCUGAGCUGUAACUGGACCCAUCUCUAGAGACAGCACCCGUCACCUCCCACAGCUCCCAAGUUGGCUGUUGUCACAUUCCUGCCCGGACACUGCCUGGCCCAGCCUUCCCUGAACCCGCCUGGGGAAGUGCUGAUUGUUAUCCCCCACCUUAGACCAUCCUGUGUAGAGAUAGCAGCUACCAACUCCAGCCGGAGCUGCUGUCAGUGGAGCAAAUAAAGCAACACAGGUCUUGGAUCUGG